CGCCGAUUGGUGUCUUUGAGUCUAGUCUUUGUUCCGGGCUGUCCAAAGGACGCUAGCUGUUGCACCUGUUCCUCCCUGCGCGUAAGAUAGAGGAUAAAUCUCCUGACAAAGCCCAGAAUGACCACAGCCCUGGAACCUGAGGACCAAAAAGGACUUCUGAUAAUUAAGGCAGAGGACCAUUAUUGGGGACAGGAUUCCAGCUCACAAAAGUGCAGUCCUCACAGGAGGGAACUCUAUAGACAGCACUUCAGGAAGCUCUGCUAUCAGGAUGCACCUGGACCCCGUGAAGCUCUUACCCAGCUGUGGGAGCUCUGCCGUCAGUGGCUGAGGCCAGAAUGCCACACCAAGGAGCAGAUUUUAGACCUGCUGGUGCUAGAACAGUUCCUAAGCAUUCUUCCUAAAGACCUGCAAGCAUGGGUGCAGGCACACCAUCCAGAGACUGGAGAGGAGGCAGUGACUGUGCUGGAGGAUCUGGAGAGAGAGCUUGAUGAACCUGGAAAGCAGGUCCCAGGCAAUUCAGAAAGACAGGACAUACUCAUGGACAAGUUGGCCCCCUUGGGAAGGCCAUAUGAAUCACUGACUGUCCAGCUCCAUCCCAAGAAGACCCAGCUGGAGCAGGAAGCUGGGAAACCACAAAGGAAUGACUGUUUGCUUCUCAAACAUAGAAUAGGACCCGUUUGUGUACUGUUUGUUUGUUACAGGUGAUAAAACUAGGACUAAGAAUGAAGAGUUGUUCCAAAAGGAAGAUAUGUCCAAAGACAAGGAAUUCCUUGGGGAGAUAAAUGACAGACUGAACAAAGAUACUCCUCAGCAUCCUAAGUCCAAAGAUAUUAUUGAAAAUGAGGGCAGAUCAGAAUGGCAACAGAGGAAAAGAAGACGAUAUAAAUGUGAUGAAUGUGGGAAAAGUUUCAGUCAUAGCUCAGACCUUAGUAAACACAGGAGAACUCACACUGGAGAGAAGCCCUAUAAAUGUGAUGAGUGUGGAAAAGCCUUCAUUCAGCGCUCACAUCUCAUUGGACAUCAUAGAGUACACACAGGAGUAAAACCCUAUAAAUGUAAAGAAUGUGGGAAAGAUUUCAGUGGGCGCACAGGUCUUAUUCAGCAUCAGAGAAUCCACACAGGUGAAAAACCCUAUGAAUGUGAUGAGUGUGGAAGGCCUUUCCGAGUAAGUUCAGCUCUUAUUAGACAUCAAAGAAUUCAUACAGCAAAUAAACUCUACUAAUAUAGUAGUAAUAUCAAAAGUUCUUUAGACAUUCAGGCCUAACUAGUUAUCAAAGAAUCUAUUUAAAAACCUUGAGUUUCCUCAAUGUGGUCAAAGCUUCAGUCAUCAUUAAAUUUCUCUGGACCAAAGAA